GACAGCCGGGAAUAUCCAUUUCACUGUAACAUCUCAAAAACGAAUUUUGAAAUGUGUUGGAAAAUGGAUUAUGCAUACAUCUAGGAUAUCCACCAUACAUGUGAUGGAUUUUACAAUGAUCGAUCGUCAUUGCAUGCGAGUGACAAUAAAAAUAAAGAUAUACCCCUGGCAAUUUCCCCUUAAAUUUAUUCAACCGUUACAUUCCAACGGAUUCACACCAAAAAUAUUAUUCUACCCAUCGUGAAAUAGAAUUUUCCAUUUUUAGUGGCAAUAUUCACACCUUUCUUCGUGCAUCAUCAGCUGUCGGGGGUGAUACACUCCAACAUGUAACCCCAGCACGUGAUAGCCCUGGGGGUGUUGGCAUAUCGAGAAUUUUCGUGAUGGAAUAAACGAUUUUCGCGCCUAGUAAAGCUCAUUUUAUAUUUUAUGAAACAUGCUAAGGCUCGUGGAUAUUUUUAGGGGGGGUUAAACCAGUGUGGAUUGUCUGCCUCAUUUCUACCAGCAUAUCCAGAGGUAUCAAAACUUAUCGUGACUCACGAACCAACAGUUGGGUUCAACCGAAAUUUUCGUUUCAGUCAGUGAAGUGGCGUCAUGGCUAUCAGCUUUUGGAGAUGUCUGGAGGGAAAAACUAGUCGUCCAAGACUUCGAAAUGCACUCCAACAGCGGAAUAUACCAAUCGUCAAGACACCGAUUUAUCAGAAUACCUACCAGCUCAGGGCGAGAAAUCCUUUCAGGGCAGAUCCCGUUGAUGAAAUUGUGAGGAAUGUCAUGCAGAUGCGAUUGGGAGAGAUGACUUAUGACCCGGAAAUUGCUGCGAAAUUGUGCGCUCAUAUCGCUAAAGAAAUUCGAAAGAAACUCAUGAAGUUGGAGUUUGAUAGAUGUAAAAUUAUCGUUCUGGUAACUAUGAUAGAAAAAGCUAGUCAAGCUAUCAACACCAAAAUGGGUUUUGUGUGGGAUGUCGAAAGGGAUAAUUACUCCACCUACAACUUUGAAACUUCAUCCUUUUACGCUCAUUGUCUCGUUAUUGGAGCUUAUUAUGAAUGAAGAAUAUUGCUCCCUUAGGUACUGAGUUUAUUUGAUAUUUUGGUUUAUUCAAUAUUCUCCUGAGUCAUCUAUAUUUAUUUUAAUUCUCAUUUCUAAAUUCAUUCUAUUAAAUAUUCUAUUGUUAUCAUUCUAUUAUAAUAAAUUAAAAAUUGGCAACUCGAAAUUCGAUUGUUCAUUAUGGAUUCCUUGAUUUCAAUUUAUCGACAAAAGUUAAGAACUUCCUAUUUUUAUUAUAAUUUGUUUAUUACCCCAG